AUGUGUACCAAUGCUUUCUUGCGAAACAAGCAAGACCCGAACUGGUGCUACGAAAACUUCAUAAACUACAGAGCAAUGAAGUCUGCGGUUAGUGUUAGAGAGCAGCUGGUCCGGAUCAUGUCUAGGUUUCAGAUGAAGUUGUGCAGCAAUAGUUUCACUAGUCCCAACUACUACGUCAACAUGAGAAAAGCCUUGCUUGCGGGUUAUUUCUGGCAAGUGGCCCACCUAGAAACCGCUAGUGGCCACUGCUUAACUCUCAAAGAUAAGUUAGAGAACAAUCAAGUGGUGCACUUGCAUCCUUCCAAUUGCUUGGAUCACAAGCCCGAGUGGGUUGUUUACAACGAAUACGUUUUCACUACCCGGAAUUUCAUACGAACUGUUUACACAUAUUGA